AUGGCUUCACUUUGUGUGUUCUAUUUCCUCGUGUUUUUUCACUUUGUAUCUCUUCUCUCAGUUGGGCAUGAAAAUGAGAACUGUGAUGAGUGUCCUAAGUCGUUUAAGUGUGGACAACUUGGGAACAUGUCCUUCCCUUUCACCAAGCCAGAACUGCAAGGUAGUGGCCUAAUCUCCAUUCAUGGUUGUGAUGAUCCAUCUUCAAAUACAUCAAUUGAUCUGGAGAAAAAUGGAAGAUAUAUCUGGCUUAAACAGGUCCUUCAGCAGCAUAAUCAUUACAACAUCACACUUUGUGAUGAAGAUCUGCACAAGCGUUUGAGAUCUAGAAAUUGUGAAGCCUUCAACAGAAAUAAGAUUCCUCCUCCAAGCUUUCAAAAUGAUCCUUUGGCUUCUUUUCACAUCAUUCCAAAUAAAGCAACCUCAUCCGAAUGCAAAAACGACCCUCCUAACAGAUUUCUUGAUGGUCUAGUCAAUCCUAUUGUCUGUGGUGACUAUACUAUCUAUUGUAAGGACACACACGGGUCAUCUCCUACUCCUGAGCAGACACAAAACCCUUCCCCACCAUGCUCGAUUCUUCAACCUCCUUGUGAAAACCUGCCACAUCCCAAAAAUUCUUCAUCAUUAUUUUGUGGUGAAAUAGUUAUCGAUGUGCAUUUAUCUGAUGAUUGUGACAAGUGUUAUUGUUACAAAGGUUUAUUUAUUUUAAUCAUAAUUUGGCAUCUAUGUAAGCAACAUUACAAACACAAAUGUGCAUCAUCAAAUGUCCAAUUGCAAUCAGCAAAUAAUAACGCAAUUGCUUGUAACUCUCAUACUGAUCUGGAGAGUGGUAGGGCUUAUAACUAUGGGAUAUCCCUCUUCUCUUAUGAGGAGCUUGAAAAGGCAACAAAUAAUUUUGAUCGUUCAAGAGAACUUGGAAAUGGAGGCUUUGGCACUGUUUACUAUGGAAAGCUCCAAGAUGGUCGAGAAGUUGCAGUCAAACGUCUAUACGACCAUAACUAUAAACGAAAAGAACAGUUUAUGAAUGAAGUCAAUAUCCUCACUCGCUUGCGCCAUCCAAAUCUUGUGUCACUCUAUGGCUACACUUCCCGUCGCUGUCGUGAACUUCUCCUCGUGUAUGAGUGCAUUCCAAAUGGCACCCUUUCGUGUCACCUUCACGGCGACCUAGCCAAUCAUGAUUUACUACCAUGGCCUAUAAGAAUCAGAAUAGCCAUUGAAACUGCAAGUGCAUUGGCUUAUCUUCAUGCUUCUGACACCAUUCACCGAGAUGUCAAGACCAAUAACAUCCUGCUAGAGAAUAAUUUUAGUGUCAAAGUUGUAGAUUUUGGGCUUUCAAGAUUGUUUCCUGAUGAUGUCACCCAUGUUUCCACAGCUCCACAAGGGACCCCUGGUUAUGUUGACCCAGACUAUUAUUUAUGCUACCAGCUUACAAGCAAAAGUGAUGUGUACAGUUUUGGAGUUGUGCUUAUUGAGCUAAUAUCAUCAUUGCCAGCAAUCGAUAUGAACAGGUCUAGAGAUGAGAUUAAUCUAGCAAAUCUAGCUAUAAAUAAGAUUCAGAAAAGUGCAUUUGGGGAGCUAGUAGAUCCUUCUCUUGGUUUUGAGUCAAAUAAUGAGGUGAGGAGGAUGAUAGUUUCAGUGGCAGAGUUGGCUUUUCAAUGUCUACAAAAGGAAAGGGAUUUGAGACCUUCCAUGGAUGAGGUCUUGGAGAUUCUAAAGAGAAUUGAAAGUGGACAUGAGCAGCUUAAUCAUAUAGAAGAAGUGGAUAUUCAUGGGGUCAAUGGGAUUUCAUUUAGUGGUCCAAUACUUCCGCCAUCAUCUCCUUCACCAGAUUAUGAGGAAGCUAUACUGUUGAAAACUACAAAGUCACUACCUUCACCAAAAGUCAUCACUGAUAAAUGGCAUAGUGAGCCAACUACUUCUAAUGUCAGUGCUUAG